GACGUCUCUCCGGCACUUUUCCCGGGUCUCUUUCUGGAUGUAGACGUUGUCGGAACCUACCGAGUCCGAAACCCAACAGCACCGCCGCGAACGGGCUCCAUUUACCGGAUCUGCAGCGACAGGAGCGGGGAGGUGACUUUUUUCGGCCCCUCCUUAUCGAUUCUUUUCUGGAUUCGGUUCGUUUUCGCCCCCAGGACCAGAAUCUGGUCUCCGCCGCUGAAGAAACUGGUUUCAACGUUGGAGUUGGAGGUCCCCCUUCCUCCUCCUCCUCCUCCUUUCCCUCCUCUUCCUCCGCCUCUUCCUCUCGGCUGCUCGCAGGUCGUUCCACCGCGGAGCCUGUUGGGAGAUGGACCAGCCCCAGUAAGGACGCUGCCCCGCGGUUCGGACUCAGUAGCAGGACGUGAUUUGGACCAGAACUCGCCUGUUGAAGAGUGGCAACAUGUUUACUUCCUGGUUUCCAUGGUGAUCAGAGGGAGCAUGCUCGUCCACGCCUGGAUCUAAGCUCUGCGUUCAUCUCCAGCAGCCGCCUCCAGAGGGGAGAAGACCGAGCGGUCCAGAACCGCAACCCGCCAGAACCGACCGCACCCACAACCCGUCAGCCGCCAGCCCGGACAGAGGAGCAGCGCCAGCGGCAUCGACAUGGCCAACAACACAGCGGACCACCCUCCGGGGAACUCGGUGGCCGAGGGCGGCCAUGACGGCGGCCAUGACGGCGACUUCGGAAUCAGCAUGCAGGAGCUGAAGGGCCUGAUGGAGCUGCGGAGCGCCGAGGCUGUCGGAAAGAUCCAGGAGGGUCAUGGAGACGUGCAGAACAUCUGCCGCAAGCUCAAGACCUCACCUAUUGAAGGUCUGUCUGGAAACCCGUCCGAUCUAGAAAAGCGCCACGCUGCGUUUGGGAAGAACUUCAUCCCUCCUAAGAAGCCUAAGACGUUCCUGCAGCUGGUGUGGGAGGCGCUGCAGGACGUCACACUGAUCAUCCUGGAGAUCGCCGCCAUCAUCUCCCUGGGCCUGUCCUUCUAUCAUCCACCAGGGGGCAAUGCUGAAGCAUGUGGCCAGGCUGCGGGCGGCGUGGAGGACGAGGGAGAGGCACAGGCCGGCUGGAUCGAGGGAGCCGCCAUUUUGUUCUCUGUCAUCAUCGUGGUUCUGGUCACGGCCUUCAAUGACUGGUCCAAGGAGAAGCAGUUCCGCGGGCUCCAGAGCCGCAUCGAGCAGGAGCAGAAGUUCACCGUCAUCCGCAAAGGCCAGGUGAUCCAGAUCCCCGUGGCUGAGAUUGUGGUGGGAGACAUCGCUCAGAUCAAGUACGGAGACCUGCUUCCGGCCGACGGCAUCCUCAUCCAAGGCAACGACCUGAAGCUGGAUGACUCUCUGACCGGAGAGUCGGAUCAGGUCCGGAAGUCCCUGGACAAAGAUCCCAUGCUGCUGUCCGGGACUCAUGUGAUGGAAGGCUCUGGCAGGAUGGUGGUGUCGGCCGUCGGCCUCAACUCCCAGACCGGCAUCAUCUUCACCCUGCUGGGCUCCAGUGAGCACGACGAGGAGAAGAAAGUCAAAAAAGGUAAAAAACAAGGACCCCCCGAAAAUCGCAACAAAGCCAAGACCCAGGACGGCAUCGCGCUGGAGAUCCAGCCGCUGAAGAGCGAGGAGGCCACCGAGUCGGAGGAGAAGGAGGAGGUGAAGCAGGUCAAGAAGGUCAACGUGACCAAGAAGGAGAAGUCUGUUCUGCAGGGCAAGCUGACCCGGCUGGCGGUCCAGAUCGGCAAGGCUGGUCUCUUCAUGUCCGCUCUGACUGUCAUCAUCCUCAUCCUCUACUUCGUCAUCCACACGUUCGCCAUCCAGGGCCACAGCUGGAUGGCCGAGUGCACGCCCAUCUACAUCCAGUACUUUGUCAAGUUCUUCAUCAUUGGCGUGACGGUUCUGGUGGUGGCGGUUCCUGAGGGGCUGCCGCUCGCCGUCACCAUCUCUCUGGCCUAUUCCGUCAAGAAGAUGAUGAAGGACAACAACCUGGUGCGCCACCUGGACGCCUGCGAGACAAUGGGCAACGCCACGGCCAUCUGCUCGGACAAGACGGGCACGCUGACCAUGAACCGCAUGACCGUGGUGCAGGCGUACAUCGGAGACACGCACUACAGGACGGUCCCGGAACCUGACGCCAUCAACCCAGGAACGCUGGACACCCUGGUCAACAGCAUCUCCGUCAACUCCGCCUACACCACCAAGAUCCUGCCUCCAGAGAAGGAAGGCGGCCUCCCGCGCCACGUUGGCAACAAGACGGAGUGUGCGCUGCUGGGCCUGGUGCUGGACCUGAAGAGGGACUACCAGCCAAUCAGAGACGAGAUCCCAGAGGAAAAGAUGUACAAGGUUUACACGUUCAACUCCCGCAAGUCCAUGAGCACGGUGCUGCAGAACGCUGACGGAGGCUUCCGGAUGUACAGCAAAGGAGCGUCGGAAAUCGUCCUGAGGAAGUGCUCCCGGAUCCUAGAUGCCAAGGGUCAGCCGCGUGUAUUCAAGGCCAAAGACCGAGACGAGAUGGUGAAGAAGGUGAUCGAGCCGAUGGCAUGCGACGGGCUGCGGACCAUCUGCGUGGCGUACCGCGACUUCCCUGCCGAGGCCGGGGAACCCAACUGGGACAACGAGAACGACAUCCUGAACGAGCUGACCUGCAUCGCUGUGGUGGGCAUCGAGGACCCCGUCAGACCCGAGGUACCCGCAGCUAUUGCUAAGUGCCAGCGAGCGGGAAUCACUGUGCGCAUGGUAACCGGUGACAACAUCAACACGGCCCGCGCCAUCGCCACCAAGUGCGGCAUCCUGCUGCCGGGAGAGGAGUUCCUCUGUCUGGAGGGCAAAGAGUUCAACACGCAGAUCAGGAACGACAAGGGAGAGGUUGAACAGGACCGUCUGGACAAAGUCUGGCCCAAACUUCGAGUUUUGGCGCGUUCGUCGCCGACGGAUAAACACACCCUGGUUAAAGGAAUCAUCGACAGCACGGUGGGAGAAACCCGACAGGUGGUGGCCGUGACGGGAGACGGCACCAACGAUGGCCCUGCCCUCAAGAAAGCCGACGUUGGCUUUGCCAUGGGCAUCGCCGGUACCGACGUGGCCAAGGAGGCCUCCGACAUCAUCCUGACUGACGAUAAUUUCACCAGCAUCGUGAAGGCCGUUAUGUGGGGCAGGAAUGUCUACGACAGCAUCUCCAAGUUCCUGCAGUUCCAGCUGACCGUCAACGUGGUGGCCGUGAUCGUGGCCUUCACCGGCGCCUGCAUCACCCAGGACUCCCCUCUCAAGGCCGUGCAGAUGCUGUGGGUCAACCUCAUCAUGGACACGCUGGCGUCCCUCGCCCUGGCCACUGAACCGCCCACUGAGUCGCUGCUGCUACGCAAACCCUACGGCCGCGACAAGCUCAUCUCCCGGACCAUGAUGAAGAACAUUCUGGGCCACGCCGUGUUCCAGCUCAUCAUCAUCUUCACUCUGCUGUUUGCAGGGGAAAAGUUCUUCAACAUCGACAGCGGCCGCAACGCUCCGCUGCACUCCCCACCAUCUGAACACUACACCAUCGUCUUCAACGUGUUUGUGAUGAUGCAGCUCUUCAAUGAGAUCAACGCCAGGAAGAUCCACGGCGAGAGGAACGUGUUCGAGGGCGUGUACAAGAACCCCAUCUUCUGCAGCGUGGUCCUGGGCACCUUCGCCCUGCAGAUCAUCAUCGUUCAGUUCGGAGGGAAGCCGUUCUCCUGCGCGCCGCUCACCGUCGACCAGUGGUUGUGGUGCGUCUUCGUGGGAAUGGGCGAGCUGCUGUGGGGACAGCUGAUCUCGGCCAUCCCGACCCACCACCUGAAGUUCCUGAAGGAAGCGGGCCACGGCAUCACCAAGGAGGAGAUCCACAACGAGGAGAUGACGGAGGACACGGACGAGAUCGACCACGCAGAGAUGGAGCUGCGGCGAGGCCAAAUCCUCUGGUUCCGAGGGCUCAACCGGAUCCAGACCCAGAUGGAUGUGGUCUAUACCUUCCAGACGGGCCAGGCGGCGGUGCCCGGUGCCCUGCGCCGCCAGCCGUCCGUCGUCAGCCAGCACAAUGACGCUACUGCCGCCAAAACUCUCUCUAGCCCCACCCACGUAGGGCUUAGCUCCUCCUCUCUCUUACCAACUCGGCUGGGGCUCCGGCCCCUGCUGCUGCUUCCUCCUCCGCCGCAGGCAAUUAAGGUGGUGAACGCGUUCCGUAGUUCCAUCUUCGAGCUGGAGAGUCCACAUUCCCGUAGCUCCAUCCAUAGUUUCAUGGCCCAUCCUGAGUUUUUGACGCAUUCUGAGGAGGAGGCGCCUCGGUUCAGCACCAUUGAGGAGAACAGCGACGCGAUCGAGGAACUUCCCUGAUCCUCGGCAAAGGAAAAGCACCUGGCAGCAAGGAGCUCCUCCUCCUGCCCCUCCUCUUCAUCACCGCCACCAGCUGGGUUGUUGCUCUGAGGAGGGGCAUCAUGACUCACCCUCUCAUCAGCACACAUCUUCGCCCCACGCCGUCUCCAUCCUGACUGUGAUGUUGUUCAGUUUGUUCCUCCAUCACCUCCAUCCCAUCAGCUGGGGGCGGAGCCUCCUCACCAGGAACACCUGCUUCUCGUUUAGACUCCCUCGGUUCACUUAUAGAAAUCUCCCUCCCCUUUUCACCUCUGCAUACUGCAGUGCAUCGUGGGAAGGCAGUUUGUUUGCUACCCAACACGGCAGCAUCCAGAGACACGCUCUCCGACCUCGUCCUGUCUGAGCCGGGUUCUGUGUCCCCCCGGCCCGGUUUAUCCGCAGCGUCUGUCUUAACAUUCUGCAUGUUUUGAUUUCCUGUUGAGUCGCAUGACGGCCGUGAGUCCAGACGCGUCUCUGUUCAGAGCUCCAUGAUCUUCCUGUCUGUCCCACGUUGGAGAACCUGAAGGAAACAUCCGGCAGAUCUUCUGCCGUUUUGCCACGACGUGGCUGGCUCUGUUGAUCACUACCGUCGCAUUAAACACUAACCGUAUCGUUUCGUUCCCCUCCCCUGUGACGCCGCACGGCGUCACAGGGGAGGAUCGGGUUAAAGGGGUAUUAUGUAUUUUCCAGGCACAUAGUGCCAUUUCAUAGCACAGUCAAUAACUAUUGUACCUUCAGUUCUAAAAAUGCUGUAUAUAUCAAUCAUGACUGAAAAUAAAUUUCUUUACAGUUUAA